AUGUCUAAAGGACCUCUCAUUCUGUGGCUGGUGAUUGAGCUUGGGCAACUGUAUCUGACCUCAGCCGCAUCAGAGAUUGUCGUGAUGGCGUUUGUGGGUCAACAGGUGACUUUGCCCUGUGUAUACGCAUCAUGGUCUCAGGGCAGCAACAGCAUGUGCUGGGGCAGAGGCCAGUGCCCCAACUCCAAAUGCAGCCAGGAGCUGGUCCACACAGAUGGAGCCAAGGUGACUUGGAGGAAGUCGGCGAAAUACCAACUCUGGGGGGACAUCCAGCAAGGUAACGUCUCCUUGACCAUGUUAAACCCCCGUGAGGAUGAUGGUGGUGUGUACUGCUGCCGCAUAGAGGUGCCCGGCUGGUUCAACGAUGUAAAGAAGAACAUCCACCUGCAGCUGAGGAAAGCCCCAACAACCACACGCAGAACCACCACCACAACCGUUGCCACGCACAGAACCACUGCUGUGCGCCCUGCCACCUCCCCACGCGUGCUGACGACCACGGCUAUGCUUCCAACUAGCACCGUGACAACACCCGUCCUCACAACCAGAACGCCACUUCCGACGAGCACCACCGCUGCCCUCACGACAGCAGUGAGCACGUGCCCUCCGGCUGCCCUGAGCUCCCCACCAGGGGCAACCACAGGUCUCGUGACCCCUGGGCCAUCCACUGAGGGGUCCCUCCUCACUGCAGAAUCAGAAACUAUCCUUUCCUCCAGUGACUCUUGGAGAAGCACUGAGUCGACUUAUGCAGACACCACCCAGCUAACAUCCAAAGGUAUGAAUAUGAAACUGCAGAUGAUGGUCAUUCCCCUCUCCUUGGGAUUUGUGCUGCUGGCUUUGCUCGUGUUUUUCCUGCGAGGGAAAGUCAUGGGAUCCAAUUGUUUGCAGAAACACACAAGGUUAGACGACAGCGGAGAUAGUAAAAAUGUCCUCAGUGAUAUGCAGCAUGAAAGGGAAGAUGAAAACGGCCUCUUUACACUCUAA